CCAUCAACCCAUGCGGCAGGACAAGCGUAACCAGCCGUUGCUAACAACUCCGAACAGCCCUUUUGGAGCCUGUCAGCAGCGUGUCGCUUGGCUGUGCUGCUUCUUCCUCCGGCCUGAGACCUGGAAACAUGUUCUUCGCUCUGAGACAACUCACACGGCCGCUAUGCCAGCGAGCCCCAGUUCGUGUCUGUGUACGCGGCCAGCAGUCCCACGCCGCCACUCGUACUGUGGAUGAAGAUCGUCCAUGGACGGGCCAAGAAAGCCUGGCUCAGGACGACCCCGAGAUGUGGGAUCUGCUGCGAAAGGAAAAGGACAGGCAGAGCCGCGGCUUGGAGCUCAUUGCAUCUGAGAAUUUCUGCAGUCGAGCAGCUUUGGAAGCUCUGGGCUCCUGUCUGAACAACAAAUACUCUGAAGGCUACCCAGGGAGAAGAUACUAUGGUGGAGCAGAAGUGGUUGACCAAAUUGAGUUGUUGUGUGAGAAACGAGCCCUGGAGGCCUUUGACCUGGACCCAGCUCUGUGGGGUGUUAACGUCCAGCCGUACUCUGGCUCUCCUGCUAACUUUGCCGUCUACACCGCCGUGCUGAACCCCCAUGACCGCAUCAUGGGCCUGGACCUGCCCGACGGAGGACAUCUGACUCAUGGCUACAUGUCCGAUGUGAAGAGGAUCUCAGCAACCUCAAUCUAUUUUGAGUCCAUGCCCUACAAGCUAAAUACUGCAACAGGACUCAUAGACUACGACCAGAUGGAGAUGACGGCCAAGCUGUUCCGGCCCAAGCUCAUCAUCGCUGGCACCAGCGCCUAUGCCCGCCUCAUUGACUACGCCCGCAUCAAGAAGCUGUGUACUGACAUUAAGGCUUACAUGCUAGCUGAUAUGGCCCACAUCAGUGGCCUGGUGGCAGGCAAAGCCAUCCCCUCUCCCUUUGAAUAUGCUGACCUGGUCACCACUACCACACACAAAUCCCUCAGAGGAGCCAGGGCUGGCCUCAUCUUCUAUCGUAAGGGUGUCCGCUCGAUGGAUAAGAAGGGGAAAGAGAUCAUUUACGACCUGGAGGACAAGGUCAACUUCUCGGUCUUUCCCUCACUGCAGGGUGGACCUCAUAACCAUGCCAUCGCUGGUGUGGCUGUGGCGCUCAGACAGGCACAGUCUGCCAUGUUCAAGGAGUAUAUCAGCCAGGUACUAAAGAACGCCAAGGCUAUGGCUACAGCUCUCCUCAGCAAAGGCUACACCCUGGUAUCAGGUGGGACCGACAACCACCUGGUCCUGGUGGACCUGCGGCCUAAGGGCAUUGAUGGGGCUCGGGCUGAGAGGGUGCUGGAGCUCGUGUCAAUCACUGCCAAUAAGAACACCUGCCCCGGGGACAAGAGUGCCCUGACUCCUGGUGGCCUCAGGCUUGGUGCUCCAGCCCUGACCUCCAGACAGUUCAAAGAAGCUGACUUUGUGCAGGUUGUCGAGUUCAUGGACGAGGGCUUCAAGAUUGCCUUGGACGUCAAGAAAAAGACAGGAAAGCUCCAAGACUUCAAGAACUUCCUUCUUCAGGACCCAGAGACAGUGGCUCGCAUCGCCGAACUGCGCCACCGCGUAGAAGCUUUUGCCAGGCCCUUCCCCAUGCCAGGUUUCCACGACCAUUAGGCAAGCCAAUAUAGAGUCGAGGGGCCAUAAAAGCCAGGUGGCAGAAAGCUGGCUGGGCAGAAGUGUGCAAGGAGAGGGGGAAACAUGUGGUCGGUGCCUGUGAUUCGUUCCCUUUAUUCUAAUCACAUCUGGGAAACCACAUUUGUUUUUUUCAUACUACUUUGCAGUUAUCCAUCAAGCUAUUCUUGUAAAGUCAUGCCCUCCAUGUCGAGGUAAAGAAACAAUAAAAUAUGGCUGAUUUUGUAGAGCCGAAGAACCUAUUUUCUAUGGUAUGUGUAAAUAUACUUCUCAGUUGUCUUCAUGCAUCUUCAAUAAUGUGGGUGUGUGGGAGGAAAAAAAUAACAUAUCAAAUCAAACAACAAGCAACAGCUCUUGGUGUCACAGUCUCUGUGACUUGAUUAGUGUAUAAUUAGUUAUAAGAAUAUACUAAAGAGUCUUAAUGCUGUAAAGAGUCUUAACAAAUCCCAUUUAUGUAGAUUAUUACAUUCACAUGGAGAUGUGUGCACGAUAGCUUUCUGCUGUCAUUUUCUGUUUAGGGAAACCAGGUACAUGAGGAGGCUUCAUGAGAUUAAGGGGUGUCCUGCCAUACAGAUGGCCUUUUACAUUUCUGUGGUGGAAAGUUAGUCAAAAAAAUUUAAAGAAAGAACCAAAAUUUAGUAAGAAUAUCAUUUUAAAGUUAUCCCUUCAAUUUAGAGGAGAUGUGUGCAACUUGUCUUUUACAAGUCAGAUUAUAGAGGAGGUGGAUUAAUAAUUCUAACACCUUUUUAAUGUAUAGUCCAAUAAAGGUGGUCACAAAUACUGUUUAAUAACACAUGUCACACACAUUGUAAACACAUUUUUAAAAUGGGAAUUUGUAUUAGAUUGCAUUAGACUAAAAUAUGUCCACCUUGUGUGAAAAUCUAUUUUUAGUAAUUUUCUUUCUACCCUGUAAUGAUUUUGUCCUUUUCUUCAAUUUCAGUGUUUAAUUGCAUUAUUAUUUUUGUAAUGAGAGAUAACCAAAUGGACUAACAGAUCUCCCCUCCAUUAUUAUUUCAUACUUUCCUGUUAAGCGUGUUUACAAAGAAUAUAUACUUUUCUAUAUAUUUAAAAAGAGUUAACUAUGUAAUUUCCAUCACAUCACCUAUAUCUUAAGGUUUCCAAUACCAGCUGGUUUGUUGUACCAGAAGAAAUUUGUAGUGCAGUCUGCCUCAUUUUAAGUCCCAAUCAUUUCACCAUGGUGUUCUGUGGUUGAAACUGUAAAGCAGCUUGAUUUGAUAAAACAGUAUUUUGUCGUCUCUCCGGUUCACAGAUUGGAACUGUUGUCAUUAUCACUGCAUCAGUGAGGAAGCAAGAUUUCUGUUUGUGAAAGGGUCUUACAGCACAAUUGAGAAAAGAGUAUUAGAGCUGGAUGGCGUGGUUACUUUACUUUGCACAAAACGCAGCUUCUAAAGUGAACCAAAUCAUAUGAAUUAUCCACAUCACACAUUUUUGACAGCCAAUAUAUUAGACUUUGCCAAAAUAUACCAAAAAGUAGUUAUUUUUAACUACGAUGUUCAUAAAUCUCCUGUUUUCCUGCAAUCAUCUCUGAUAUGUACCUGCCAUUGUACAUCGACACAAGUUUGAACUAACUGUUUUUUUUUUUACAUAACAUUUCUAUUAAUUAGUAUUUGGUGAGUACAUAAUAAAAUACAAUACUGAAAACAC